UUUUCAAAGUACACACCCGCGCAAGCUCCCCAAGAACGGUGGUGCGCACCGGGACCGCGCCCUCUUAUAUAUACCCCACGACCAGAGGAGAGUGUGACAGACACGAGUAGCAGGUACCACAGGCAUCAAUCCAGUUCCAAUACCUUGAAACGGCGGCCGGGCGAACUCAUCUCUGAUCGAUCGAGCUGGGCAGGCAUCAUCAUCAUCUCUCUCUCUCUGAUCAACUUCUUUAACCAUGGGUCGUCCUGAUUCGGAGGCGCCGACGUCGAGCAUCGCCGCCGCGGGGCUGGCUGCUCUCCGCGACCACGCCCACGGACACGACGGAGGCGCGGCACCGCCGGCGGCGCCAGACUCGCCCUUCGACACCAACGUGGUGAUCAUCCUCGCCGCGCUCUUCUUCGCGCUGCUCUUCGCCAUCGGGCUCAACUCGCUGGCGCGGUGCGCGCUCCGGUACGUGGGCCGCGGUGCCGCGGCAGCCGCCGCCGGCGAGGGCGGGGCGACGGCCCGGAGUGCCAGCCGUGGAGGCAGCGGCAUCAAGAGGCGCGUGCUCAGGAGCCUCCCCGUGGAGGUGUACGGGUCCGGGGAGGUCAUCGACGACGUGUGCGCCAUCUGCCUCGGCGAGUUCGUGGACGGCGAGAAGGUGCGCGUGCUGCCGCGGUGCGCGCACGGGUUCCACGUCCGGUGCGUCGACGCCUGGCUGGUGUCCCAUGGCUCCUGCCCCACCUGCCGGCAGCCGGUCAUCGAGGGCGCGCCCGUCAAGGGCGGCAGCGGCGGCGCCGCCCGAAGCCAACGGCCCGUGGGCACGGAAAUGAUCGCCGUGGUCAUCGUGUGAGUUCAUCCGUCGCGCAACGAAAGCAUGCCAUUGCCUGCCGGACACAGCACAACAAGGUAGCACAGCUCUUGAUGCCCAAGCCCUUGCGGCACCAUUUUCCGGCAUCGAUUGACAUGCUUCAUGCAUGCCAGGCGCUGCUUGCUAAUGGAAAGUAUGAUCGAAUUGCUCAACUGCACAUGUAAAUAUUCGACGGCGCAGAACACUGUACUGGCAACCUGACAGACCGUGAGUAAAAAGUUUUGCUGGAUCAA